GCGUUUAACAGCUAGCGCCUUCGAGGAAGGGAGCCCUGUGAUUGCAGUCCUGCAGUGCUGCUCAGCCAAUUUUGCAUGCAGCUCAGCAGCUCUCUAUAGAAUGCUGAGCACACAGUUGAAGGAGGGCAGACGAAGAAGCGCUUUGUUGUUGCUCUAUCUGGUCUUGCAAUCUUCUUUGCAUGAGCAUCGGCGAUCUACCACAGCUUGAGCGCUAGGAGGAAGCCGCUAGUGGUGAUUGGAACCAGUUGUGUGUUAUUUCUCGAGGCGGGACCCCCUGUACUGAACUUGCAUGCACCGCACUUUUUAUUAAUCAAGGAUUAAGGUCCUUCUGUUCCAUUGGUCCACUUUCUGACAAGCAAGCUGCAAAGUGGUUGAAAGCCUGGUCUAGUAAAGGGAGGUAAUUGCAACGCUGCUUUUGUUGGUCUAGUGAACAGGUCAGCAUGUCGUUGGAGGUGAAGAUCUUGAGCGGCUCGCAUCUGAAGGACGUGAAGACCAUUGGACAACAGAGUCCUUACGUCGAGGUCAACUUUGGCUCCCAGCAGAAGCUCACGCGCACGGCCACUCAGGGAGGGAAGGAACCGGUCUGGGACGAUGUUUUCAGGUUUGAGAUUGGCAGCGGAGAAUGGGCGAACGACAUGUUGAAGCUCCGCAUCCUGGCAGACGGGACUCUGGGGCGCGCAAAGGAGGUUGGGAGGGUGAACAUCCGCUUGAGGGCCCUGGUCAAAGCGGACGGCUCAGUUGAGGAGAAGCCCUACUUUUCAGCAUAUCAAGUGCUGCGGCCAAGCGGCAGGCCCCAGGGCGUGUUGAAUGUUGCUCUGAGCGUCAGGGACGCCCCAAAACCUGCCCCAGAGGUUACUGCACCGAGCACCCCCCCAGGAACGGAGUACUCCAGAGCAAGGCCCUGGGGGGGAAGCGGUGUUCCUCCUGGUUAUCCAGCGGGAGCGGGGAUUGCACAGGGGACCCCCUAUCACGCGCAGGCAGGGUAUAAUCAAGGGCAGUAUCAACAGUCCCCUUAUCAACAACAGCAGUACCCUCCGCAAGGCAAUGUGCCAUAUUUCGCCCCGCAGAUGGCGUAUGCAGGGCAGCCACAGUACGGCAGGUAUGGCGGCGGGGGAGGGCUGUUUGGAGGUGGCAUGGGUGGGGGUAUGGGAGGUAUGGGAGCGAUGGGUACAGUGAUGGGGGCUAUGGGGACGGCGGAGGCUAUGACGGUGGGGGCUAUGGCGAUGGGGGAGGUGAUUUUGGAGGCGGCGAUUUUGGGGGCGGUGAUUUUGGUGGCGGCGACUUCUAGCUUUGGUAGAGGCCACGAGGAGGUGUUUGCAGGCGUGAACCUUAACGACCCGCACUUUUGUAACAUAUACCAAUCGGCGCGCGCCAGCGUAGGUUAA